AUGGUCAGGAGCACUUAAUGCCUGCAGGCUCUCUUCGUAAGAAGAAAUUGGCAAUAAGACCUGGAUACAUGAGGCCAGAAGCUCAGCGACAGAUAGAGUUUCAGUCCCUGGGUGCCUGCAAACCGUUCAGCCCGGAAGAGCUCAAACAUGGCAGGCAGCAUUGUGGAAACUUUGAGAACUGCUCUCUAUGUGGACAAUGCCAAAAUAACUUUGAAUUUGUACCUUGUAGUGCAGCGAGUAGUGUCAUAGUUCCUGCUAAUGGGGCAACAAUGUUGGCCAGUACUGGAAAUAUGCCAGGACGCCACAAAAAUCUUUCGUGUUGCAAGAAUCCAUGGGCAGAAAAUGCAGUUCACCCUGCUGCAGCAACAAGCAAAGGAGAUGUUUCUGCUGUAUGCUCUACACAGCAGAAAAGCCCCAGUGCUAAAGUGAGCAAGCCCUCAAACGUGUGUGCUUUGGAUCAGACAGAAGUGAAUAACAACUGUGAAUAUCAAAACAGAGAUGUUUCUCGUUCUGUUGGUGCACACGAUAGCUUUAGUUCACGUUUCAGCUUCAUACAGCUCUCCCUGAACUCGGCCUCUGGAGUAAGUGAUGCUGAAGGCAAGUCAACAGUCAAAGCUGAAUAUGUUCAGUAUCCCAGCACUGCAGGAAAUCUGCAAAAGCCAGAAGAGAUGGCACAAACUCAUGAGCGUUUGGUAGCUUUGCAUUGCUUCUCCAGGCCUGACGAGGAUUUGGGGUAUGAAAAUGAGACCACAGUGAAUGAUAAAAUACAGGACUGCGAGACUAUCUCUCUCUCGGAUACAGAUGCAACAUUUUCAUAUUCUACAGAUUCCUCGGAUGCAGCAUCUGCUGGCUCUUCUGUCACCUCAGGCUAUGAAAGUAGCUUUACUGUUAGUGACCAUAACUGGGAUACUUUGAUGAAAAAAUACGAACCAGUGCUACAGAACUGCCUGCUUGGCAACCGCAGUACAUUAAAGAUAAAAUCCUUGAUCUUACGGCUUCAGAGGCUUCAGGAAAAAGCAAUAGAAGAAGAUGACUAUGAUAGAGCUGAUAAAUUUAGACGAAAACUGGAAGAACUGGAGAAAGAGAAAAAUGCUUUAAAAUUUCAGCUUCCUUCAAGGCAUCCUUCAAUUAGCAGUUUUUUGGACAGGUUUGUUACCCAAGUUCAAGCAGCAUUGCGCUGGGCUGCUGAUCAUUGGACUAGACAUGAAGAAACCCAGCUUUGGCAUGAAAAUGAACAAAAACUUUUGAGAUCCGCUUACCAGGAGAGGAUUCAGGUUUCAGCCACAAAACGAAACCAGCUUUUUCAAGAAAAGAAAUGGUUACAGAAAGAAAUUGAAGACCUCCGAGCAAGACUGGCCAUAUUAGAAGCAAAAGAUCAACAGCUAAGACGAGAAAUUGAAGAACAAGAUAGACUUAUUCAGUCACAGGACUGUGAAUUGACUGCUUUACUUGGCUGUGUUUCUUUGAGAGAACUACAGGAAAUAGGCAAGGCUGUGGAUGAUGCUUUAGCAUCCUCCUAUCAAAUUCCAUUCAGUCUGGAUCUUCCAGGGACAAUAAAGAGCCUUCAGGAAAAAGAACAAUCGUUCACCGCAUCCAUUAAAGAAACUACUGCCAAAGUUUGUACGAGUCAGAAACUCUGCAGUACUUUGAGGAGGAAAGUAAGUGAUAUUGAGACUCAGCUACCAGCUCUACUUGAAGCGAAAAUGCUGGCUGUUUCAGGUAAUAAUUUUGGUACUGCGAAGGAUCUGACAGAAGAAAUAAGAUCAUUAACAUAUGAGAAGGAGGGGCUGGAAGGACUUCUCAAUGAACUGUUGGUUCUGAGUGCCAAAAAUGUCCGAAAAUUAGAGAGAAUUAAAGGUGAUUACAGCAGACUGAAACAAGAGCUUGAACAAGGAGAGGCUGCCUUUGUGACCAGUGUAAAAGAAAAUGCUGAAAAGUACAUGGAGAUGCUGGAGGAUAAACUACAUAGCUGCAGGAGCCAGCUGCUCCAAAGAGUGUGGGAAGCUGACUUGGAGGCCUGUCAGCUGUUGAUCCGAGGGUUUCAACUGAAAGAAACCAGUUGCUGUGUUUUUGAGGAAGAGGAGGACCAAAUGGAUGACAUGGAGACAACCACUGAUGGCCCGUCUGAUUCUGAAAAAAGAAAAGGAGGUCUGAAGGGUACAGACUGGGGCACUGUUCCUUGCCCAAAACACAGCGAGCUAAAAGAGGAGUUCUUCAUAUUUUCUGCAGAGUUGGGAGAAAAAUGUGAAGCAAUAAGUGAGAAAUUGGUGCAUCUGGAAGAUCAGUUGCAAACUUCUGCCUGCAGAGUUGACGAAGGACUUGCACAGGCUCUGCAGAGGGAGAUCCAGGUGGUGAAGGAGACACUCCAGACCGUGCUGGUGCAACUUCAGCCAGCCAGGGAGGCAGGAGAAGAAAAGGCUGGAACUUCCCCUGUGACAGCUGGUGUCCAGGAAAACAAGACUUGAAGGAAUAAUGAGCAGAAAGAGCUGGUAGGAUGACAUUAAUUCGCAAAGGGCUGCUAUUAGUAACUGAAUACUGUUUUACCAAGCCUCAGGGAUCUCUUCUCUCCCUGCAUAACUAAUAACUAAAUCAAUUAUGGAGAAACAGAGCCUGGAGGUCUAUCAUCAGAAAUACUCUACACAGCCUCACAAGUUUUGGCACAGAUUGGGAAACAGCUUUCAGAGCAGAGCAGCCCCUGUAAAUGUGUAGAUUACAAAUUGAUACAUUCCAAGUGAGUCUGCAAAGUUGCCUCUAAUGUCAGUGAAAUGUUCUCCUUGAAGACUCGUAAACAGUAUCUGUCUUCCUUACUCAUGGAUUAUUUUUUUUCCUGAUUUAAAAAUGUAGUGUUAAAUCUGGAACAUCUAGUAUUUCUUGAAAAAUAGCUGUAAGACUAAUAAGAACUUUUUUUCCUUUGGCUUUUAACAGCUUUCCUACACUGAAUGUAUUUUUGCAUUCCUGUCAAUAAUUAAAUCAAUAGGAUGAAAUUCAAACUAACCCAAGUUCUUUCAAGUGAAAUUUGGACCUCAUUUACUCUGUGGUAUUGAGUACAGUGGAGGUAACUAACAGCAGCCCCUGUAGCAGUAGUUUACCUCUCUCCGUUUAGGUAUGCUUUAGCAUUGAAGGGGUUGUAAGGCA